ACAACCAGCAUCCACUGCUGUCCACAACCAGCAUCCACUGCUGUCCACAACCAGCAUCCACUGCUGUCCACUAGCCAUCUAGAUAAGUUCCUUGGUCCCUGCUAGCUUGGUCGUGCAGGGCUUGGUUGUAGCAGAUGCUUGUGGUCAAAAGCGGAGCUCAUCUUUAUCAAUCAUUCUCAAUUGAAGUGGUUAGCCAUGCCUGCUUUUGUUGUCCACUUCUACUGAGUGAGCAAGGAUAAUGUUACAAAUGAUAGGCAAAUGUGAUUAAUGUACUUUUGCUGACUGGGCAAUAGUAAGAGGUUUGACAUGAUAGUUCAAUGGUGAUCAUCAUGUCGCAACAAAGUCAUGAUCUGUCAAGGUGCUGCUCUCAUUGUGUUGGUGCAACUCAAUGAUUAUACUGCCGUGUAGCUCUGCCAAUGCUGUGAUAUUAUCUGUUGUUCUUAAUUGAUCUCAGGAGCUACUGGCAGCCGAGUUCCUAACUAAUCAUCCUAUCAAGACACUUGGUUGUGAGUAAAUCAGUUGCUUGGUGGCGUCUCAGUGUAUGGUCACCUGUCAGUUUCUUAGUCAUCAAGGAGACAUUGGUGCCAAGUUCAGUUCUUGAUCUGUUAUUUUCCACAAAUAUUUAAGUUCUUAGACUAAAAUGCAUAGAAUUAAUGCAACUUUGUAGGAGAAACGUUUAUUAAUCUUUUAUUGGUAAGGAUUGUUGUUGUUAUGGUAAUGCAAGAUUGUUUUCGUCCUGUUAUUCUUGUCUGGUCUUCAAAUUCAUUGCUACAUUCUUGAGUGAAAUUACUUUAGUGUUGCAUCACUGUCUUGCAGUCGUUCCUGAUGAUAGUUCUGAAUUAGUUGAAGGUUGUAUGAUCAUUCCACUGCCCUGCCUGAUUGUCAUGGCAGCUGAGGGCUCUAUUUUAUCAUAGUAAACUUUUCAUGAAUUCACAUUGAUCUCACUUCCUCACUGCCACUUUCACUGUUCAUGGACUGCACUUAAAUGUGUGACGACGAGCCACAACUACAGCCUGUAUCCUCUCAUUGACACCUCGUGAGUUGGAGCGCCAGGUGUUGUGCGUGGCGGUGUAUACAUCGUCAGGGCAGACACAAGACAAACAGUCUGCAUCAUCAUGGCUCUCAAUGGGAACGAGUCCCCGUGUGAGCAGCAUUACUCGCUCAAGUGGAAUGACUACUCAGUGAAGCUGGUCACUGCCUUCCAGUCCCUGCGAGAAGAACAGGAUUUUGUGGAUGUGACAGUGGCCUGUGAUGGCCGCCAGUACAGUGCUCACAGGAUGGUGCUCUCAGCUUGCUCACCGUACUUCAGGACCAUGCUCAAGGCAAACCCAUGCAAGCAUCCGAUCGUGAUCCUGAAAGACGUGGGCUGCGCUGAGCUAGAGCGUCUGCUGGAGUUCAUGUACAACGGCGAGGUGAACAUUGCGCAGGACCAGCUUGCCGCCUUCCUCAGGACUGCUGAGAGCCUCAAGAUCCGUGGCCUGGCAGGGGGCGGCGCCCCUACACCAUACGAUGAACACACGCGCCUUACGGAACAGCAGCAGUACACGGCAGCAGCUGCAUGCCACCCUCAGCAGCAGCAGCUUCUCAGCAGCAGUGAUAACCUCAGAGGCAGCAGCGUCCACCUGCCCCAACCACUGCCUAAGAAAAGGAAGCUCAUCAUGACUCAAGACCACAGCAGCGACAGCAUCAACAACAAUGGCAGUGUCCACGACAACAGCAGAAGACCUGUGGAGCAGAGCUUGCACCUCACCGGCACUGAUGUCAGUCUGCUGCCCCUGAAGCUCGAGCCUGCAGACUGUGAAGCUGAUGACUUCCCUCCUGACAGAGGAGACCUUUGUGCUGACAGCACAGCUGGGGAACCGUCAGCACACCGCUCUGCAUCGCCUGACGCAGUUGCUGGUUGCGAGGCCCUCAACCUGUCCGUGAGGCCUCACCUCCGCGCCUCGCCACCGCCACACCAAUUCCACCACACCGCCGUGCCUGAACAGCCUCACCUCGCGUCGCCUCAUCACGAAUACUUGCACCAUCAUCACCAGCGUCACCACUCAGCCCCUGGAGUGGUGCGUGGCAUCACCACCACCAGGUUCUCGUCGACGAUGCUGUGUGAUGUUGGGGUGCCACACGGUCGUGAUGACGCAUCACACCCAGCAUCUCGUGAUGAAGCGUACCGCUGUCACAGCAUUGGCCCUGCCCCCCGGGAUGUGGACAGCGGCCCAUACCACCACCAGGCCCACCAUCAUCCCACCUCACCUCCGUCCCACAACGGCAUCGUCGUGGGGUCCCCAGAGGGAGGGGCGCCGUACCCUGUGAAGCUCGAGUACCUCGGCAAGCAGGAGCGCCUCGACGCGGAGGAGGACAGCAUGGACAUGGGGGGUGAGGCUCAGGAGGACCAUCUCUUGCAUGCCUCUGGUGGUCACGACAUGGAGGACACAGCCGCCCUCACGGCUAUCACUACCAUAUUGUCCGCUGAGCGACGAGGCUCUGCUCGUCCCCAGACCGUCCUCAACGGCGGCCUUCUGGAGGACUCGAGCCGGGGACGUCGUAUUGUGGUGGGCGAAGUCGGAUCUGGCAGUGGCGACCACAACCACUCGAGCACCGGCAGCGGCGAAAACAACAACACUAAUGGCGGGAACAACCACACGAGUGGCUACAGCAACCACACGAGCACGAAGGUGUACCCCUGCUCUGAGUGCGCUAAGGUGUUCCGCCACCCGAUGUCACUGCACCACCACCGCCACGUGCACCGAGGCACCUACACUUGCCACUCCUGCACCAAGGUCUUCAGCAGACGCUGGGACUUGCACCGCCACCUGCACCGCUCCAAACUCGGCUGCCGCAGACCUAUUGCCACCUCCACCACCGCCACGCCUUACGACACCACCGCUCCUGCAAACUGUCUGGUGGGAACGUGCAGUCAGGACGACCAUCCUGUCGAGGAGGGCCCUUCCAGUGGACUGUACUUGGAGCUUAAGACCACCCCACACAAACUGGCUGCUCACCACCGCCCUAAAAUAACAAUAGCUGGGGAUCUCAUCUCUCCCCCCGUGCCCCACUACGACACCCUCACUAAUGGAGGGCAGCUGUACACGAGAAGAUCCAUCAAAUCCUCACCGCCAUCUUGCACUACCCCGCCAUCUUGUUCACCGCCGCCGCCGUCAUCUUGCGCAGCUUCUAGCGCCCUCUUGGUCAGCCCAGCGACGGGCGUCAGAACCUUCCCUUCUCCGCGCUUAUAACUUUCCCUUCCAGCCGCCUGUGAUAAUAUUAUUAUAGCUUGUAUUAUUAUAGCUUAUAAUAUUAUUAGAGCUUGUAAUGCUUGCCACUUCAUUAUUGUUUAGCUUGUUAUGCUUGUUGCGAGGCCGCGCCCUCUGAACUGCUUCACCGACUCUCACCUGUGAGGCCGUGUCAGCUGUACCAUGUCUGCACAACCAUGUCUGUAAUACCAGGUCUCUCUACCAAGUCCUGCUGUACCACUAAGCCAGUUGACAAGUUAACAGACGUUCACUUGUCAGCUGAGUGCGUCAUCAGCACGAAGUGCGUGCCACACACACACAAUUAGUGCUUCAGUUGAGAUCGUCAGGAAGAGGAAGGAAGCCGCCGUUGGAGGGGCCUCAUGAGUGCUGGCAAGUGUCAGACUAAAGAAAGAGAUUUAACAUGGUUAAAUCUCUUUCUAUACAUAUUGUCAUAUUAAAAAUGUCAUAUUGUCCAAAUAAUGUUUUUACACAAAGCUCUAACAGAGAGCGGACGUAGCACUGAUACGCCCCCUUUGAUAGGCAAAAUUGGGUCAAAAUGAUACACACACAGGGCAAAAAAGUGCAUCGCUGUUUGGACCAAGUCUGACUCAUUUCUGAGCGCAUACUCGGUGCCAUUAUAUCGCCGUCAAAUUACGCAGCCUGACGAGGGCUAAGCUCUGUGCUGCUCCCAGGUGGAGACUGUCCACGCUCAAGCUUCAGCAACGUUAAUCUCGAGUUUCCCUUAACCGCAAUUAACUUCGAGAACAUUUUAUUUAUUAUCAAUAAAUUUUCUGGGUAAAACAGUCCUGCCAAGCUCAGCUGUGGAGCCUCGUAGUUAAAUCUUUAGAGACGUGCAUCACGCUUGUUGUGGCUGACAAGCUUGUCUUAGUGGAUGACCAUUUGCUCGCUCAGGCAGUUUCUUAAAGAAAGUUCUAUGUUGUGAUCCCUCCCACACCUCGUUCCUUGUUCAUACCUUAUAUCCUAAUUGCAACUUUAGGACGUCCUUGUCAUUGGUCACGCUGAUACGCCGCUUUUUUCGUCCUCCGCCCUCAAGCCGUCGAUAGGUCGGUCUCCCCGUCCUCGGGUCCUGAAGGUAACAUUGAACGUGUUCCGCCUAUCUGCCCUCAUUUGAGCCAGCAAACGCAAGAUGCUGUUGCUUGCUACUUGCCGCUUGCCAAGAGUAGUGCGGCAUAACCUGACAAUCCGGGAUCUUGCUCAAGAACACAUCCAGUCGCCUCCUAAAAAUCGCAUGGGUGAAGCCCCCCUUCUCUCAGCUCCAUCGGCAAGGCAUUGAACAGCCUCGGUCCCACUAGAGAAAGAGGUCCAUACCGAAGAGUAAACUCUUGCCGCAGCUCGGUCUGCAAAGUCUGCCUCUCACUGCGUUGUGAUAUGUCGCUAUCCUGAAUGUCUCGCUUUCAAAGUUGAGGGCCUGUCCGGGUAGCAUCUUCUAUCAAGUGUGCACUAUUGUAUACCUUGCUUUUACCCUCUCCGGUGAGCACAGUCCCAGGUGUUGCAACCUGCCCUUGUAGUUCAGCUUUAGAUGCCUCAUACCGCUGAUCCUGGACGUGAAGGUCCGUUCGACUUCCUCCAAUAGCCUUACCGUACUUGCAUCAAGUGGCGCCCCAAGCUGGCAGCAUUACUCCAAAAUGGGGAGCACGAGGACGUUUAAAAGUGUAAUCAUGGGCGCUUCUCAAGUUCGAAAUACCCGCCAGAGUUACCGCAUCUGUAGUCUUCCUUUCGCAACUAUUGCCGCGCUGUGGUCGUCAAAGGUAGCUUCAGUAUUCAACACUCCGAGAUUACGAACAAGUGGCUUCUCCUCAAUUUCUGCGCAGUCUGAUGCUAAGUAACUGUGCAGCAUAUCACAUUACUUCGAACUUGGUGCCGUUGAAUUGCAUACUAUGCACUAGGUCCCAGUCAUAGAUUGUCGAAAAGUCAUCCUGUAACCUCUCGCAGGCCAUGUCUAUGAUUCUCAUCAGCACUCUUGUAUCGUCCACAAAAGAUGAUUAGAGCCCGAUUUCGGCGAUGCGGAUGAUGAAGAUCGGGCCAACCACCGAGAAUUUAUCAAAAAAGCUUGAGCAAAGUCCUGGGCAUAUUCUUUCAAAAAAUUUAGAGAUCGUAAGUUCAUC